AGGCAAUUGUGUUUCAUUUCGGAGUACAAAAGCGGAAGUACCGUCCCAGAUUGUGUUAUGAGAGUUACUUCCCGAGGCUGUAUAACAAAAUGAGCUUUAAAGCGUUUUUAGGUGCAACAUUAGCCGUCCUGGCGGCGAAUUGGUGUCUGGUUUGUUGCGAUAUAACCGAUGGAAACUCCGAACAUCUGAAAAGAGAGCAUUCGUUGAUGAAACCGUACCAAGGUGUUGGCAGUCAGUGGGACUUUGGAGGAAGCACGUUGGUGACCAGUUCAUAUGUCCGUCUGACUCCAGAUGAGAGAAGCAAGGAGGGAUCUAUCUGGAAUACUGUGCCUUGUUACCUGAAGGACUGGGAGAUGCAUGUCCAGUUUAAAGUUCACGGUUUGGGUAAAAAGAGCCUCAACGGUGACGGCAUCGCUAUCUGGUACACAAGGGAGAGGCUGCAUCCAGGCCCUGUGUUUGGAAACCAAGAUCAGUUUGUUGGCCUGGCUAUUUUUUUGGAUACCUUUCGCAAUGACCUCCAUGGGAUGGAUCGUUCUUUCCCUUACAUUUCGGCCAUGGUGAACAACGGCUCUGUGAGUUAUGAUCACGGGAAAGAUGGUCGCUCGUCGGAGCUGGGAGGCUGCUCGGCCGACAUCAGAAACAGAAACCACGACACGUACCUCGCCAUUCGCUACUCUAAGGGCAGACUGACUGUCAUGAUCGACGUGGACGACAGGAACGAGUGGAAGGAGUGCAUCGACAUCGGAGGAGUUCGUCUUCCUACCGGAUAUUUCUUUGGUGCAUCUGCAGCAACAGGAGAUCUCUCAGACAACCAUGACAUCAUCUCCAUGAAGCUCUACCAGCUGAUGGUGGAACACACACCUGAAGAGGAGAACCUGGACUGGACUAAAAUUGAGCCCAGUGUCAGUCUUCUGAAGUCUCCCAAAGACAACAUUGACGAUCCGACGGGAAACUUCCGGGGAACGCCGCUCACUGGAUGGAAAGUCUUCCUGCUGCUGCUGUGCGCUCUGCUGGGAAUUGUGGUGUGUGCCGUGGUGGGAGCUGUGGUGUUCCAGAAGAGACAGGAGAGAAACAAGAGGUUCUACUGAGCCAAGAGCAGAACCUGAUCACAGGGGUGGUAGCUGUGAGCCAAACUGUUUCUGCACAACAGAAUGAGCACAUUCAAUGUGAACUUUUCUCUGAGGAUUGUACGAAUGUUAAACUUCUGAAGCGCUGCGCUGUGAGCUGAGAGGAAGCAGGUUCCUGUGACAUUACUGACCCUAAAUACAGUUGUUUCCUUAUUUGUUUGUUUUUGUUGAGUCCCUGCAGGGUCAAAAUGGAAAAGUAGUCAUUUACAAAUCUGGAACUGGGUUGUGUUUCCAGCAGCUGUAAAAAAGUUACCUUUAGUUUUUGUCUUCCGGCCUGCCUCAGAACAACCACUCGUAAAGAAAAACCAUAAAUGUUCAACUAAAGCCAUCAAUCACAUGAAAGCAGAGUUUUUAUCAUCUGUCUGACUCCCAAAAGGACUGCAGAGUUAUUUCUGUGUUAUUGCCAUUUUUAUUUACAUUCACGUCAUCUCUGAAGUUCACAUACAUUUGUCUUUGUGAAAGAACAAAACUGAGGUGAAGUUAUGUUGCUGUAUGAGGAAAAUUAUGUUCUGGUUCAUUUUAGUGGAGAGGCAGUGCAAUUUUUGUUUUGAGACUCAAGAAUGACUUUUAGUUUUCUGUUUUGUACAAAAACAAAUCUUCACAUGUGGGACUGGAACAAACAACUAAUCACUUUGUUAGAUCCAGAAUAAUUGAUCACAUCUAGUAGUUCAUAUGAGAUAAUUGCCAUUCUGCAUAAAUGUAAGGUGCAGUGAAGAUCCAGUUUAAUACAAUAGUUUUUAUAGAACUGAUCAUUAGAUAAAAGCAUCAAAUGAUGAACCAGCUCAUCACAUCUUCAAAACUUAAACCAGCCGGGGUCAAAAGCUUUUGAGGUGUUUGAAUGAGUGGUGGAAUUUUGUGUUGAUUUAUUUGCUGAAUUUUUGAAUUUGUUAUUUAGGUGCAUCAGUAUUUGUUUUGAUCCGCUUCUUUACAAAACCUUUAAUCGUUUCUAAUUUACCAGUGUAAAGAAACAUUGGAUCACUAAAGAUAAUAGAAAGCUACUCUGGUUUCUGUUGGUAAAUAAUGUGGGGUAAUCUCAGAGACUGAAGUCUUGCUGCAGGUCUUUUGAUUUUUAUGCAGAAAAUAGAAAAAGUAAAAUUUUCUUUUUUUUUGUGGAAGAAUCAUUCUUUACAUUGUCAGAGCUGCAGUCUUUACUGUGAUAGUUUUUGCUGAAACGCUCAGUAAAAACUAAAUGACUCGUUAACAGCCAGGACGUGAAAUGCCACCAGUGUUAAUUAUGAAGUUCAUCACCUCAGAUCCAGACACAGAUCAUUUAAAGGAGCAUUUACACAGACUCCUAUGUAAUGGGGUCAUAAACUCGUUCCUCCUUUUACGCUGACUAAAGUCCUUCUCCAAACAUCAGAAGGUAAGUUGGGGGUUUUAUGUUUGCUGAAGCUCAUUUGGGUUUUUUUCUGUUUUGUUUUUUGACUUGAAAUGUUUUCUGUUUCCUUUGUUCUGGAAGCUUCUUGUUUCCAUCCUUUUUGUGAGGAAACCUGAAGCAGCUUCUCGUCAGAAAUAAACAAACAGGCUACUUUA